UUUGGAAGAAACCGUCCCUUAUAAACACAGAAGCAGACCAAGAGGCUCCUCUACCCCCUUUGUGUGUUGCCAGCUACACACAAACUCAACUCAACCAAGCAAGUAAUCUCAACACAAACCAUGACAGCAAGAAGCAGCAUCUGUGUCCUCUUCCUCGUGUGCGCGAUCUUAGCCGUCCACGUGUCACUAUCCACCUCCCUCGAUUUCACCGGCGACCACGACAACCACCUCAGCUCCUUCUUCCACCCGACAACAAACUCCGGCUGCCGCGGAUCCAUCGCCGAGUGCAGCCUCCUCACCGGAAACGAUGACGACACCGAGUUUCUCAUGGACUCUGAGAGCAACCGGCGCAUAUUAGCUGCGAGGAGGUACAUCAGCUACGGUGCGCUGAGGAAGAACACUGUCCCUUGCUCCCGACGCGGUGCUUCGUAUUACAAUUGCCGAACUGGCGCUCAGGCCAACCCCUACCGCCGUGGAUGCAGUGCUAUCACCCGAUGCAGGCGUUAAAUUUCUUAUUCUAUUUUUUUUAUUUUCAUUUUGUUUUUAAUAUAGCUUUGUGAUUUAUGAGAAUUCUUGCUGUUAUAUAUGCUACUACAUAUAUAUACAAGUAGAGGAAGAGAAUUAGAGUUGAAUAAAACCUAGUUGUGCUUGUAUUUGUAUUGUAAUUUUUAGGCACACAUUAUUAUUGAUUAUUAUUUGGUUAAGUCA